AAUCGAAGUGAUUCUUCGAUUAUGCCAUUAUAUAUAUUGAAUACUACAGAAGAGGGUCUUGAUUUUACAAAAAUGGAAAGAUAAUCUCAUUCCGUUUGGCUCUCACUCUCUUCGUCUGAUUUCAGCUGUUAAGCUAAUUCUCCGACGCACGUUCCGGUGGGAAUGGCUUCUUCACGAUCUGAAGAAACUCUGCCAAAUGGCAGCACUUAUGCAGAUGACAAAGACUACGACCGGUUUCUGCAAUACCCUGACAAAGUCGAUUAUUACAGCCUACUCGGACUCUCGCGAUACCCACCCCCCACAGACAGCCAGCUACAAACCGCAUACCACAACCUGUCGCUAAGUCUCCAUCCGGAUAAGCAACCCCCGCAUCUCGUGGAAGCAGCCAACGCGCAGUUCAGACGUAUACAGGAAGCAUACACGACUUUGAUCGAUCCGAAGAAGCGAGUUGUUUAUGAUUUGGAAGGCGAGGAAGGAGUUGAGCGGGAAUGGAGUGCGGGAGGACGUAUGUCAACGAGGAUGGAGAACGGAGAUGCGAGCUUAGGGCAAGUCGGUCCAAGAGCAAUGCCGCCUGCUGAGUUUAGGAGGUGGUUUCUUGCGAGAAUGAAGGCCAGGGAGAGGGCGGCUUUGGAAGAAUUGGUUGGCGCAAAGGGAUCCGUGUCGGUUACCGUCGAUGCGUCCUCAUGGAUCUCACCAGGCGAGGAGGAAGACGAAUUGCGGAUCACUUGGCCGCCACCUAUGCGUGUGAGUCGAUAUGUUCUUGGAUACAAUUUUAAGGCGGCCUUACCGGAUUUCUCGAGUGCUUGGACAUGGUUUUCUGGCAACCACACAGAACCGGAAGAAGAAAUAUCUCAGGAGGAUGACAAGCCAGAAGAGCAGCUACAAUCUUCACCUGAGGUCACAUUUCAUACCAGUAUCAACGGUGCCGUUGUACAAAUCAGGCAGCCAUUGAAAAUUAGUUACGAGGAUGGAACGACAGAGAUUGUCCAGAUUGACGGCCCGCGUAUACUAGGUGGUGCAUCUUUCAACCUCGGUGCAUCUAUUAACCAUAGUUUCCCAUCUGCUGGAUUGCAGGCAGGACCUCAACCCAAGCUUAGUAUGCGGUCAUUGCUCGAUGGGGCAUCCGUUGGUGGAACUCUGGGUAUUCUACCUACUCGGACGCUGAGCAUGCAUAUCCAAAAGCAAGUAGUUCCAUUUCCCAACGGCAAACCAUUCACGGUGCUCAUGAAAACGGACAUAUCAUCGAAGCCCAAUAAAUUCAUGCCUAAAAUCACAACAUUUGUUCAGAGGCCGUUUGGGCUUCGGAAGUUUGGCACUCUGACGUACACUACUGGUUCACGAUUGACAUGGCCCUCAUUUGUACGAGGCUUGUUAUCACCGUUCAUAGACAUGUCGAUUGACCCAAGAAGAGAUUUGUUAUCAUCAAAUAAUGGUUCGUUACAACUUCAGUAUACUACAAUAUCGGAUCCUGUCACUGCAGACCUUGCUGGGGACCCUGAAAUUCCAAAAUCAACAAGAAACGAGAUAUGGCAGUGGAGCGUUGCUGCAACUCCAGUUGGGGGAGGUCUGAAUCUGACCUACAGUCGCAAUUUCUUCGCCGACAAACUCGAGGACGUUCCACGUUCAGAGUGGAAUCUCGACGGCUACCAUCCAACAAUUCCUUUACCGGCUCAUCGCGGUGUGCGAGUCGAGGUUGAGGCUUCCGUCGAUCUGGAAGGGGGAAUGACAUGGGCUAUAAAAGCUCUUCGACGAGUCGGCGAUUUCACCACUAUGGGUCUUGGUGUUGGUCUACGUGACAGGCGGGGUCUAGUCAUGACAGUUCAAUGGCAUCGUCUGGGACAAUCUAUCAAAGUGCCCAUUAUGAUUUGCCCAUUCGAUCUUGCAGACGCUGAUAUAUCUACAUUGGCCGUUCUUGUGCCCUGUCUUACCUAUCUCGGCAUCGAAUUUGGUUACAUUCGUCCACAAGAGAGACGUCAUCGCCGUGAAGCAAUUAUCCGGAAGCGAAAGGUCCUCAAAUCUCAGAUACCUAUGCGCCAGAAAGAGAGUGCACAACAAAUUGAGCUGAUGAGUGACUAUACACGACGCCGACAAGCGCGUGAGAAGGAUAAAGGCGGAUUAGUCGUGGUAAAGGCUGAAUAUGGUUAUAUUCCGCCGAAGAAUGCAAAAAUUACCGAUGAUUUGACAGACCCUAAAGUCAUUGAUGCUACGAUCCCUGUGGCCGCUCUAGUUGAAAAGAGUCGACUAUUUAUAUCGAAAGACACUAUUCGAUUUCAAAUAAUAGGUUUCUAUGACCCAGCUCCUCUCCUUCCCAAAACAUUAAAAGUAUGGUAUGAUUUCCACGGUCUGCGUCAUUAUACCGAAGCCAAAGAUGGAGAAGAUCUGGCCUGUCCGCAAAGAGAACAUAUGCUGCUUUCAGAAGACUUGUAAAUUA